CCCGUAGGGCAACAAGGAUGGUUAAUUUUGACCGUGCUUAUUUGUGCCAUAAAAUAUCGAUCCUAACUGGCAGCUAUUUGGGCUUUUCUAUCUACCGACCUCCAGUUUUUGAACUGCAGCCACUAAAUGAAGGGGUUCUGGUCUGAGAAGGCUCUGCAUUCCUUCAACUGGAUGGGGAGCGGGGACGGUGUCACCGGCGAUUUCAAGAAUAGGAGGGAAUGUUGACCAGGGAGCACCGCUGCGGCCGAUCAGAGGAGCAGGAACCGGAGCCCGGGCUGAGUCCGAAAAAAGCCGGAUCCGGACGGUGGCUCCGAAACGGCUGUAAGUGGAAGAUGGAGGAGCCGGAGGAACCAGCGAACGGUGGGCAGUCGCUGCCCCCGGUUUACAUUUACAGUCCCGAGUACGUUAGCAUGUGCGACUCCCUGGCCAAAGUCCCGAAACGGGCCAGUAUGGUACAUUCCUUGAUUGAGGCAUAUGCACUGCAUAAGCAAAUGAGGAUAGUGAAGCCCAAAGUGGCCUCCAUGGAAGAGAUGGCCACCUUCCAUACUGAUGCCUAUCUGCAGCAUCUCCAGAAGGUCAGCCAAGAAGGAGAUGAUGAUCAUCCAGACUCCAUAGAAUAUGGACUAGGUUAUGACUGUCCAGCCACUGAAGGGAUAUUUGACUAUGCAGCAGCUGUAGGAGGGGCUACAAUCACAGCUGCCCAGUGCCUGAUUGAUGGAAUGUGCAAAGUAGCGAUCAACUGGUCUGGAGGGUGGCAUCAUGCAAAGAAAGAUGAAGCAUCUGGUUUUUGUUAUCUCAAUGAUGCUGUCCUGGGAAUACUACGAUUGCGACGAAAAUUUGAUCGUAUUCUCUAUGUGGAUUUGGAUCUGCACCACGGAGAUGGUGUAGAAGAUGCCUUCAGUUUCACCUCCAAAGUCAUGACCGUGUCCUUGCACAAAUUCUCCCCAGGAUUUUUCCCAGGAACAGGUGACGUGUCUGAUGUUGGCCUAGGGAAGGGACGUUACUACAGUGUAAAUGUGCCCAUUCAGGACGGCAUACAGGAUGAGAAGUAUUACCACAUCUGCGAAAGUGUACUAAAGGAGGUGUACAUAGCCUUUAAUCCCAAAGCAGUGGUCUUACAGCUGGGAGCUGAUACAAUAGCUGGGGAUCCCAUGUGUUCCUUUAACAUGACUCCAGUGGGAAUUGGCAAGUGUCUUAAGUACAUCCUUCAGUGGCAAUUGGCAACACUCAUUUUGGGAGGAGGAGGCUAUAACCUUGCCAACACGGCUCGAUGCUGGACAUACUUGACCGGGGUCAUCCUAGGGAAAACACUAUCCUCUGAGAUCCCAGAUCAUGAGUUUUUCACAGCAUAUGGUCCUGAUUAUGUGCUGGAAAUCACGCCAAGCUGCCGGCCAGACCGCAAUGAGCCCCACCGAGUCCAGCAAAUCCUCAACUACAUCAAAGGGAAUCUGAAGCAUGUGGUCUAGCUGACAAAAAGAGAUCAGGUUUCCAGAGCUGAGGAGCAGUGCCUGUAAUGAAGACAGCGUGUUUAUGCGAGCAGUGUGUGGAAUUUGUGACUGCAGGGGAAAUUUGGAAGAAAUUACUUCCUGAAAAUUUCCAAGGGGCACCAAGUGGCAGCUGGCCUCCUGGGGUGAGGUGGGCUGGCACCCCAGAGGCCUCAACUAGACCUAGGGGGAGAUAAAGAUUUCCAACAUUUAAAGUGUUUAUUUUUAAAAAACACACAAAUGCCGUUUUUAAUCUUUGAAAAUUAUUUUUCAGCAAGUUAGGGAGGGGUAUUUUUAUUUUCUUAAAGGAGACAGAUCAGAAACUGGAGGAAAAUGUGGAGACUUAGCUGCCAGCUUAUGGGGUGAAGGGGGGAGCUAAGAAGCAGGGAUUGGGCCUCAGAACCAUUCAAGUGGAGCUUUGCCAGAGAAGGACCGGUCAGCAUACUGGGAGGUGGGGAGAAAUCCACCUGUGUUUUUAGGAUUAUGGAUCUAUUUUGUUUUUUUAAUAAAAUCUCUGAAAACCUA